AACGAGCACAGAAAAUCUAAAGACCGGCCGUAGCGGCAGUGCUGUAGACUUUAGAGUAAAAAUAACUGUACAUUAAUCAAAGACAUAAUAACAACCAGACAUAGGUAUAAACUAUCAUUUCAACAAACCAAAAUAGUAUGGAUAUUCGUUUGGCAUCUCACGUAAAAAUUUCAACCGUAAUGUACCGGUGUGACCGCAUUAUAUUAAUACCUAUCUUUAAUCUUAUAUCUAAUAUCGAUCAAUCGACCGUCUGGUGAGCAUUUUUUUUUUCAAAUCUUACAACUUUGAGUACUUUUCUGUCUACGGUUUUCUCCGUUUCGUCCCGUCUGCGGAGUAGGUAUAAUACUGUUCGGACAUUAUUAUUUAUUACACGUCAGACGAAUAGGCGCGCGAGUGCGCCCGACGACGCGUCAAUCGCUAACCAACUGUACGCCGCCAUGAACGUCGCACGGUCGCCGACGGCCGUCCGGAUGCUGCGAAACGGGCCGGCCAGCCGCGUCGUCCGCCGUCGACUUUACGCUCCGUCAUCGGGGGUCAUCGGGACGCGGUGCGACGGCAACCGCGGUCGGCUGCAGAAACCAGACUGGAACCGCGCGGUGUCCGAGGCCGAGAAGGUGGUCGGUUACCCGUCGUCGUUCCUGAGCCUCAGGUGGUUGCUGAGCGACGAGAUAGCCAACGUCGCCCUGCACCUACGCCGCAUGGUCAGCUCCAACCACCCGCUACUGAAAACGGUCAAAGGGUUGCUUAGCAACUGCCAGAGUAACAUGCAAGCUUGGGGGUUGAUCGUCCUACUCGUGUCCAAGGCGGCUGGUCAUAUAAACGUGGACAGCUCUGCGGACGAAGACAAGUCAGGCGUUUUACGCAGUCAGAGGGCGCUGGCCGAGAUCGCAGAAAUGAUCCGCACUAGCCACCUGAUGCACAACGGUCUUAUAAAUAUAUACCCAGAAAUGUUACCUAAAUCCGUCGACCACGACGACAUGAGCUUCGGCAACAAGAUUGGCUUGCUCAGCGGCGACUAUCUGCUGGCCAACUCUUUCUACGAACUGUCGAUGCUGAAAAAUCAAAACCUCAUGGAACUGAUCAGCAGUGCCCUACGCGACCUGUCCGAGGCUGAGUUCGUGGGCCGCAGAGACUCGCAAAACAAUCCACUGCCGUCGCCGUUCGAGCCGCUCGACCGAAAGCUCAGCUCGGCUCGGCUGCGGUUCAACCCUCUCCAACCGUCCGGAAAACUGCGGGGUGGCAUGCCGCUAACGCCCGCCCUACGCGACUGGACCAGGCGCAACGUACUGUCAGCCGGCAGCCUGCUGGGAAAGUCCUGUCAGGGCGCGCUCUUAUUGGCCGGCCACGGCGAACGGUUGCAGAAACAGGGCUUUUUGUUCGGUAAACAUCUGUCGCUAGCCUGGCAGGCGUAUUUAGAUUUGGAACCAUUUUUGUCUGGUUCGCCAUACUCGUUGGGAAUCUCUUUCAACCUCACUUCAGCACCAGUUAUGUUCCACCUUGAGCACGAUUCGUCAUUGUUUAAAGAAAUCGACAAGGGCAUUAAUUCUGUUCAAGACGUCGACUAUGUCAAAGUGCACGAUGUCGUUAUUAAAGGUCCAGGAAUUAAUUACACGAAACAAUUACAAAAGGAGCACUCAAAAAAAGCAAUGGAAGUAUUGAACGUUUUCGAAGAAAGUGAUGCCAGGACAGCAUUAUCCAACAUCAUUAUCGCUAUGGACCGCGAAUAAGAAAUCCUAACCGACUCAAAAUCGGUUAAACAACAUCUUAAAAUAAAACUAUAGUUUUAUGUAGGGAACUUCAUAUAUGAACAUAAGCAGAACAAAUAUAUAUUGGAGAUAGGAAAUGUAUUGAAUGUUAAAUGUGUAUAAUUAUUAAUUAUUAUAAUUACGUCUAAGGCAGUAAGGCAUCUAAGCAUUAUAUUGUUUUAAAAUCUUACAUUAAUUUAGUAAUAUGCACUUUUCUAGUUUAAACUAGUUAGCGUCUUUGCUUUAUAGAUGUCUAAUGUAAAUUUAUAUGACUUAUUUUAACUAUCCUCAAUCUACGGUUACAGUAUUAUAUAGAUAGGUCAACGCUGUGGUGCUGUGUUAGUCCCGUCAUCGCAGUUAUCGCAAUAACUUUUUUCUAACUUAUUUGUUUGAAAUCUGAAUUUGAAUGGUUGCUGUUUGUUUUAUAUUAAUAUAAGUAUACGUAUACUUAUAUUAAUGUACAUUAAUUAUGGAAUUAAUAAAAAAAUCUAUUUUAUC